UACAGGUGCUAAAGUUACCAAUUCGUUCAUUGAGAUAAGCGGAAGUGCGCAUUCUGUGAAUUAAAAAGCGUUUAGUGUGAUAUUUAUAGUCUAACAGUAUUCUAUUUUUUUAAUAAGAGUAAAUUUGUGUAAUGAAAAAAAUCAUGAUGUCGUCUCGCGUUUUAGAAGAUUCACCAAAUGCUCAACUCGAUAAGACAAUAUUGGAGCGUUAUCGCAACCUACCAUUGAAGGAGAAUAUUGUGCAAGCCACCUACGUCUGGAUCGAUGGUACCGGUCAAGAUUUGCGUUGCAAGGAUCGUACACUAGAUUUUAUACCCAAAGAUCCCAAAGAAUUGCCUAUUUGGAAUUACGAUGGCAGUUCCUGCUAUCAAGCCGAGGGUUCCAACUCGGACACCUACCUGUAUCCAGUCGCAAUUUAUAAGGAUCCCUUCCGACGUGGCAAUAAUAUUUUGGUAAUGUGCGAUACCUACCGUUUCGACGGCGAACCCACCGCCUCCAAUAACCGCAAAUCGUGUCAGGAAGUAGUGAAUAAGUGCAAGGAUGAAGAGCCUUGGUUCGGCAUUGAACAAGAGUAUACAUUCCUCGAUUUUGAUGGACAUCCAUUGGGUUGGCCCAAAAAUGGCUUCCCCGGACCACAAGGACCCUACUACUGUGGUGUGGGCGCCAAUAAAGUCUAUGCCCGCGAUGUUGUCGACGCACAUUACCGCGCCUGCUUGUAUGCCGGCAUCAAAGUGUCUGGCACCAAUGCUGAGGUGAUGCCCGCCCAAUGGGAAUAUCAGGUGGGACCCUGUCUCGGUAUUUCAGUGGGUGACGAUUUGUGGAUGUCACGUUUCCUCUUGCACCGCAUAUCCGAAGAGUUUGGUAUUGUCGCCACAUUGGACCCCAAACCCAUGCCGGGCGAUUGGAAUGGCGCCGGUGCACACACCAACGUUUCCACCAAGAAAAUGCGUGAGGAUGGCGGCAUCAAGGAAAUCCUCAGUGCCGUUGAGAAACUCUCAAAGCAUCACGAGCGUCACAUUCGCGCCUACGAUCCCAAACAGGGUCAAGACAAUGCACGUCGUCUUACCGGUCAGCAUGAGACCAGCUCGAUCAAUGAUUUCAGCGCCGGCGUUGCCAAUCGUGGCUGCUCCAUACGCAUACCGCGCGGUGUGAACGAUGAUGGCAAGGGCUAUUUCGAAGAUCGUCGCCCGAGCUCCAACUGUGAUCCUUACUCAGUGGUGGAGGCCAUUCUACGUACUAUCUGUUUGGAUGAGUAGACGCAGUUGGACCCACCCACCCACACACACACACAGAUGGCAAGCGAAAGUACUAGACGAAAGCGUUCUCUAAAGAGCCAAUAAGUCGAGCUACUGGAAAAGUGAAACGAAACCAAAGGGAAGCGAAUAAAAUUGACAAUAAAAUAUUCAUUUAGUUUUAAGCCACACACCGGAGACACUUUAUAAUUGGGGACAAUGAAAAAAAAAAACAAAAAGCCAAAACAGCAACAGUUUAGUCAAGGGAAAGGUAGUGUUACAUAAGUAUUUUAAUUUAAACUUUCAAUUUGUCAUAAGUGAAUUUAGUAUAUAUGCUUACAAACAUACAUAUACAUGUGUACCACAAGUUAGCCAAUUGUUGGAUGACCAAAUGAUGACUACUAACCUACAUAUGUGUGUCAGCCAUUGCUGACUCUAACCUUUGAAUAUCCACAUACGCAUACCCCCAUACACACAUAUGAUUGUUAUUGUUACAUAUACACACACACAUAUAUAUACAGUUAAUCUAUGUACCAACAUUUAUUUAGAAUGCGAAAAUGUAAUUACACUUCGGCUAAUAUUGCGGCAAGACAAUGCUACGGACGAAAAUAUGAAAAAAGACAAUUAUUUAAGUUUUAGUCAAAUAACAUUGUAUUAGGAAUUAAGCUGCAUUUGUGCAUACAUGCAGACAUUUGUACGAGUAUGUAGGAGGCAACGAGAUUUCAUUUACACAUACAUAUGUAUAUCAAAGUGCAAUAUUGUAAACGCCAAAUAUUAUUACCGAAUACGCGACGUUAUGAUACUGUUGAUUAAUAAAUUCUUAUAAGUACUAACACA